AAAUUAGUUGGGAAAAACGAAAACAACGCAUUAAUUUCAAUUUUCGGUCGUGCGACCACAAUAACCGACACCCCGGUUGAUUUAAUUGAGACGAUUCGACGGACAAAUUGAGCGGACACUCGGUUUGUUGUUAAAUUUAUGAGGCGGCCGUGGUCUUUAUGCUUUUGUUAUUGGGUUAAUUGAUUACUUUUUGGACGCAAGGAUCUCCUUACUGUGAUUUAUUUGUUCGUGGAUGAUGAUCUAGUCGUUUAAACUAAUUUAAAUUAGUUUCCAAAAGAACAAGAUGUUUGGAUUCGAAAGUCAGACAACGAACGAUUUUGGAAUUUCGUCCAAUAACGACUACAACUUGGUGACAGGGAACAGAUCACAACAUUGUACCACAAAUUCCAGACAUUUCUCUGUCAGCAAUUUGUUAAAACUUGGUACAAAGCGGCGGCUUUCUGAUGUUGACUCAAAUGAAGACGUUUGUAAUGAAGACAAGCACAGCAAGAAGCCGAGGAGGAACCGCACCACCUUCACCACAGCCCAACUGUCAGCCUUGGAGAAGGUGUUCGAGAAGACCCACUACCCCGAUGCCUUCGUCAGAGAAGACCUGGCCUCCAAAGUGAGUCUCAGCGAGGCCCGGGUGCAAGUGUGGUUCCAGAACAGACGUGCCAAGUUCAGGCGUAACGAGCGCAGCAGCACCGUACAGCAACCCAAACUGCCGUGCAAGAGCCCCACGGUGAACCCCAUCAACCUGAAAACCGAUUGUGCGGACAAACAAAUGUUCCCGUACCACAGUCCGCCCGACGUGCAAUACAUGAUGCCCUGGAAGUGCUCCUACACGCAGUACAACCACCACGACCUUUACAGCAAUAAUUUCAACGGGGGUGGAGGACAGGGGGCGUGCACGUUCCUCUCGUCCAACCCUUUUAAUUAUUGUCCACCCAAUUUGGCCACCAGUGCCGUCUGUUCUAGGUUAGAUAUGACCUCGUUGAGGUACAGGUCGCAGGAUUUUAGUUUAUAAGUGAUGUUGUAGCUUUAAUUAAUAAAUUAUAUUUAAUUAAUGAGUUACAAGUUUCUUAGUGAUAGUCCAAAACACUGAGGGCAAGGUCCUCUUCCCCAAGUAUUCUCUCAAUGCGAUUCUGGGCUCUAGCAUCUGAGGAAUGUUCUGAUAACUGUAAUAUUAUA